AAGCGGUUCUCUUCCCGCGACUUAACACGAAUCUCUCUCCUCGUCUCCUCUCCUCCUCUCCUCUGAUUUUCUCAAAACAGUGAAACGCAGAGAGGAGGUAUGACCUCUCGGAUCGCCGGGUCGCUUCGGAGUCGACUAGGCCGCCGCCUCCUCUCAGCCGCCUCAGCGCCGCCGCGCUCCUCCUCCUCCGCCUCCGCCGCCACGCCGGCGCCGACGCCGACGCCGCCGAUCGGUUCCAGGAGCCUCGAGCAUAUCCCGCCCACGGAUGUAACAAAGGCCGGAGGAUGCUUGGUUUCAUCUAGAGACCCCUCGAGAUGGUAUAUGAUCAACAGAUGGUCUUCACAUUUUCUUAAUAGUCACCAUGGACGGCAUCAGUUGUUUCCCUCGUUAGUAAGAACAUGUGCAGCCAAUUAUUCUACAAAUCAAUCAAAUCAAGCACCAAGAGAGGAGAGAAAAGAUAUAUCCACUGUAGAUGAUCCCUUUGAUGCUCCAACAUAUAAUAUUCCAGAAAAGCCAGUGACAUUUGCCGAGGGUGCUUCAUACAGUGUAGUGAUACUAGCUGGGUUGGGCAUAGCGGCCUUGGCUGCCUAUGCGGUUUUCAAAGAGCUCAUCUUCGAGCCGAAGGAGUACAAAAUCUUUGGAAAGGCUCUUCAAAGGGUUCAGAAGGAUAAUCAGGUUACAGUGAGAAUCGGCUCCCCUGUUACUGGAUAUGGGCAGGAAAGCAGAAAUCGUGCUGCUCGGCAGCGAAUUCCAAACAGGGUUUGGACCGAUGAAGACGGCGUCGAGCAUGUUGAGGUAAACUUCUAUAUUCGUGGACCCCAUGGUGCUGGAAAGGUGUACGCUGAAAUGUUCAAAGAUCGUGAGGACAAGAAUUGGAAGUUUACAUACCUAAUAGUUGAGAUCAAGUCUCCGACCCAAGCACAGUUGAUGUUAGAAUCCUAUGUCCCAGCUUAGGAUUGGGGGGAUGCUACGGUAUUUACGUUUUUAAGUCUCAUCCUUUGGGUCGUAAAGGGUGAGUUCAACAUCGACUAUAGAUUUUGCCAGCUGAUCUUUUCGACAUGGUGUUCUAAAUUUGUCCUUCCAUUUUGAUGAAAUUUCGAGUUCUUCUUCCUUUUUGAUUUACAAAUGCAAUUUUUUACAAAUGCAAUUUUUUUUCCAUUUUUACUCGAGGCUUUGCCUUGUCGUCCUAAUAUGUUUGCUUCUCCACUUUCUUCUCGGUCAUUGAACCUUCUCGUACUUUCACCUGCACCUGUAUAAUGAAUGGUAUGAACCACCUGUUCGAGAAACCUUGGAUUGAGACCUUUGGUGUUGAUC